UUUAAAUAGCCAAAAUUCUCGAGAAAUUCAAGAGUUUAAUAGCCAAAAUUCUCGAGAAAGUCUAGAGUUUAAUUGCCAAAAUUCUCGAGAAAUUCAAGAGUUUAAUAGUCAAAAUUCUCGAGAAAUUCAAGAGUUUAAUAGCCAAAAUUCUAGAGAAAUUCAAGAGUUUAAUAGCCAAAAUUCUCGAGAAAUUCAAGAGUUUAAUAGCCAAAAUUCUCAAGAAAUUCAAGAGUUUAAUAGCCAAAAUUCUCGAGAAAUUCAAGAGUUUAAUAGCCAAAAUUCCCGAGAAAUUAAAGAAUUUAAUAGCCAAAAUUCUCGAGAAAUUGAAGAGUUUAAUAGCCAAAAAUUCUCGAGAAAUUCAAGAGUUUAA